GCGCACGCACGCACGAACGGCUCUGCGCGGCUUUUCUGAGUGUUACGGCACCCUCCGCCCGCCCCCGCGCGGCGCGGGCGGGGACCCACCGGUUCCACUCAGCACCAGCAGCGGGCAAAGGAGGACCCCCGGGAACGAGACCCCGCCGUCCGGUGGCCCAGUCCUCUUCAGCCAUAGGCCCGCAUGGAGGGGACUGCGGAGUUCCAGACGCCUGACCUGCGAGAUGUGGAGGGCAAGGUGGGCAGGAAGACCCCUGAAGGGCUGCUCCGCGGGCUGCGAGGCGAAUGGGAGCCGGGAACCUCCGGCGCCCUGAUGCUCUCGGGGGCGCCUAGCACCGGCCACGGCCACAGCCUGGGGGACAAGAUCAUGGCGUUGAGGAUGGAGCUGGCUUACCUGCGAGCCAUCGAUGUGAAGAUCCUGCAGCAGCUGUUGACCUUGAAUGAUGGCAUCGAGGCUGUGCGCUGGCUGUUGGAGGAGAGGGGGACAGUGACCAGCCACUGCAGCAGCCUCACCAGCAGCCAAUAUAGCCUGACAGGCGGGAGCCCAGACCACUCAAGGCGAGGCAGCUGGGACAGCCUGCCGGACACCAGCUCCACUGACCGGCUGGACAGUCUCUCCAUUGGCAGCUUCCUAGACACGGUGGUCCCCAGCGAGCUGGAUGAACAGGGCCCCCCUGGGGCUCCCCGUCCUGAGACUGGGCAAAGGUUAUACCCAGUGGGGAUAGGGCCCAGUGGGGACAGGGCCAGGACUGAGGUGGACCUGACAGCCAGCAGGCUAGGGAAUUUGAGGGCUGUAUGGAAGCCCCCAGGGGAGGGGCUCCAAGGUGGACCUCCUGAGCCACUAGAGGAUGAGAGUGCCAAACUGGGCUUUGAGGCUCACUGGUACUGGCAGUGUCAGGAUGACGUGACCUUCUUAUAGUAACUCUCCCACCCUUUUGUAUUCCUGUGGCUCUUUCAUUGCUAGGCCCUGGUCUCCCUGGAAAUUUAUUCUCCCUCAUUCUGGGUCUAGGAAGAGGCUGCAUCAAAAUCAGUUACCAUGGAAAUCUGACCUUGUCAUCCUUCUGGUCCCUGAGGAGGCUCUGCCUUUAUCCCUCAAUUAUUGGGACCCUAGAGCUAUUUCCAUAGAUACAUUGACUCUAGAGGUUUGACCUGUGGCUUUUCGUAAGAUAGUAACUUCCCCUCCCCCUCCGUGCCCCCCCUUCCUCCCGGAACUAGGUAAGGAUUUGAGGGAUUUAGGACGCCUAUGAGAUUGCUGAUGAAGAGUUGGGGGUGCGAUUACCU